UGAUGGUAACCUCUUCCCCAAGGCAGGGCAGCGGAGUCGGCCAUAAAUAAAAGCGGUGGCAAUGAAUGGAAACAGCAAAAGAAUGGAAUACCCGGUAGAUCGAGAACCCUGCCCCGAUCGCAUCCUCGACGACGUAGGCGGUUCCUUCGCCAUGGGCGCCGUGGGCGGCUCCGCCUUCCACUUCCUGAGGGGCGUCGUCAACUCCCCGAGAGGCGAGCGCUUCGUCGGCGCCACCCAGGCCGUCCGCAUGAACGUCCCCCGCAUCGGCGGCAGCUUCGCCGUCUGGGGCGGCCUCUACUCCACCUUCAACUGCUCCUUGGCGUACCUCCGCAACAAGGAGGAUGCUUGGAACGCCAUCAUCGCCGCCGCCUCCACCGGCAGCCUCCUCCAGAUGCGCCGCGGCCUGCGCGCGGCCUCCCUCUCCGCCUUGCUGAGCGGGUCGCUGAUGGUUUUGAUUUAUGGGACCGAGAUCACGCUGAAUAAGAUCAGGAGCACGCAAGGGGUUAUCGUUGAGGAUCAUCCCCCUCAGGAGAAGAAGAGCGGCGAGAUUCUCGAGAGCUUCGACCCGCCCACCCCUCCCACUUUCGACUAAACCUCAUCAUACCUUUUUUUUUUUCCUUCAAAUUUAUUUUAUCUAAUUGUUUCUCCUACUGAAAUUUUAGUGAUAUGGAUUUUUUUGUUCUUCAAAUUUAUUGAUUUUAUCUAAUUGUUUCUCUACUGAAAUUUUAGUGUAAUGAAUUUUUUUAUUUCAUAAUGAUGGUAAUGAAGAUUACAUUAUAACA